AGGGAGGUUUGGGGGAUAAAAACAUCCAUGUCCCUGGGGGAGGAAGGGGCUGGAGGCCAGAUUUCUGAGAUUUUGAAACAGAGAAUAAUGUAUCCAGAAAGAGGACGGACAAAACGCGCGAAUCCCUGGGGAAUAGGUAUGCCGCCGCCACGGGGUGACGUGACCGCCUUGUUCCUCGGGCCUCCGGGCUGUGGCAAGUCCGCGCUGAUCGCAGCGCUUUGCGACGGGAAUGUGGAGACGAUAGAGAUUCCCGAGGGACGGCCGGACUCCGGGAUCCCCAGCCUGCGAGCUGCGAGCCCUGGCCUCUUCCUGGGCGAGCUGAGCUGUCCGCCCGCAGAGCCAGGGCCCUGGGCGGCGGAGGCCAAUGUGCUAGUAUUGGUGCUGCCCGGCCCCGAGGGGAACGGGGAGCCCUUGGCCCCAGCGCUAGGAGAGGCAGCGCGGGCCGCCCUGGCCCGAGGGACCCCGCUGCUGGCUGUGCGGAACCUCCGUCCUGGAGAUUCGGAAAAUGAAGUCCAGGCCCGGGAUCGGACAACGGCCCUGCUGAACAACACAGGGUUGGAGGCCGCAACUCUCUUCGUGCUGCCGGCCGAAUGCAGACCCAGAGAUGGCUGCAAGGAAUUGGAGCGCCUGCGGGUGGCGCUGCAGAGCCAGGCGGAGGUGCUGCAAAGGCUCCUUCCACCCGCUCAGGAUGGCUUCGAGGUCCUGGGUGCGGCCGAGCUGGAGGCCGUGCGUGAGGCCUUUGAGACCGGUGGCCUGGAGGCGGCGCUGUCGUGGGUCCGCGCUGGCCUGGAGCGGCUGGGCAGCGCACGGCUGGACCUGGCUGUGGCGGGCAAGACUGAUGUAAGCCUUGUGCUGAACAUGCUGCUCGGGUUGGAUCCCAGUGACCCAGAGGAAGAGCCUGUUUUCACGCCCCCGGGGCCCACGCCCUACCCGGCCCCAGAGCGUCCCAACGUGGUGCUCUGGAACGUGCCUCUGGGCUCCGCGGGCACUGCUGCCGCCCCCCAUCCGACCCACUACGACGCCCUCAUCCUCGUCACGCUGGGGGCCCCCACUGAGGAGGACUGGGCUCAGAUUCGGCCCUUCGUGCUGCCAGAUGCGCCGCUGGUCUGCGUGCGAACAGAUGGUGAGGGUGAGGAUCCAGAGUACCUGGAGGAAGAGGAAAAGGCAAAGAAGGCCGGUUCCGAGAGCUUAGAGAACACAGGCGGAGAGGGGUUGAAGAAUGCAUGCAGCGAGGGAAGGGAGAAAAGUGGCACCGGGUUGCAGAAAGGUAGCGGGGAAGAGUCCGAGAAAGCAGGCAGCGGGGAAAGUUCAGAGAAAGGCAGUGAGAGUUUGACGCGUGUUGGCGGCGGCGGGAAGAAAUCGGCCAGCGGGGACUCAGAGCGUGCGGCCGCACUGAGCCCGGAGGAUGAGACGUGGGAGGUGCUGGAGGAGGCACGGCCGCCCGUGUUCCCCCUGCGGCCUGGGGGCCUCCCCGGGCUCUGCGAGUGGCUGCGGCGCGCGCUCCCCCCGGCCCAGGCCGGGGCGCUGCUGCUGGCGCUGCCCCCCGCAUCUCCCCACGGAGCCCGGCUGAAGGCGGCGGCCCUGCGGGCCGGGGCGUGGCGGCCGGCUCUGCUGGCUAGCUUGGCGGCGGCGGCGGCACCAGUCCCAGGGCUCGGCUGGGCUUGCGACGUGGCGCUGCUGCGGGGUCAGCUGGCGGAGUGGCGGCGGGCGCUGGGGCUCGAACCCGCGGCACUGGCUCGACGCGAGCGCGCGCUAGGUCUGACUCCGGGGGAGCUGGCAGAGCGGACGCGCUUCCCGGGCCCGGUGACGCGCGCUGAGGUGGAGGCACGGCUGGGCGCAUGGGCGGGCGAGGGCACUGCGGGGGGCGCGGCGCUGGGCGCCCUGUCCUUCCUGUGGCCCGCGGGCGGUGCGGCGGCCACCGGCGGCCUGGGUUACCGCGCCGCGCACGGCGUCCUGCUGCAGGCCCUCAACGAGAUGCAGGCCGAUGCGGAGGCGGUGUUGGCGCCCCAUGGGCCAGCGCAGUGAGGGGUGGGAUGAGGGUCGGGGCUUCUGGGGUGCUCAGCGUCCCUGCUGCUUGGCUCCGCCAGGGGUUGAGGACUCCCAAGUCCCGGUUAGAGGGAGGGGGGCGGAAUUGGGAGUCCCCAGUCUGGCAUGGGAAUGUCUGGGCCUCCAAGGUAACAGAGCUGGGGGCGGCCACUCAGAAUCUUGAGUGCCUGAAGCGCAGGAGGGCUCUAGGACUACUGAUUGGGAUGUGUGACUUGUAGUCCCCUGAAUUCAUGGCUCCUGGAGGGGAAAGGAGUCUGGGGGAGAGAACUGAUUUCGCUGGGGACCACAGGGCAUGACAUCAGACUGUGUCCUGAAGGAACCUGAGGGGUUCUAUCCUGGUCUCCAGGGGAGUAGAGACUGGAUCUGUUUGGUCCUCUAGCCCUGGGAGGGGCAGGGGGGAGAGGUGAAAGCCCUGAUUUCUGCUGAGGAGGGUCUCCAUCAUUCUGGAGAUUCCAGUAUGAAGGAAGGAGUCUGGGUACCCCAGGGAGUGGGAAUCCUUGGAACUGCUGAGCCACUUGGGGAUAUAGGAGUUAGGCUUCUCAGAGGCAGUGGGCCUGCAUCCAGCCUCCCAGUUCCUCAAGAAGAAGUGGCUUUGAACCUUCAUUGGGGUGGACCUUGGUCUCAUUCGUGGGUGGCGGGAGGUCUCCAUCUACAGGAGGGAGCAGGGGGCUGUGCAGAAGAGCUGGAGAACCUUUGGUCCACCUUGGGGAAUAGAGAGAUGUCUAAUACUUGCUGUACCAGGGGCCUGAUGACCUCGAUUCCUUCCCCAGCUGUUGUGGAUAGUCCCUCAAAAAGAGGGGAGGAGGCAAGAGGUCCAGGCAUGGUGGGCCCUGGGGGGCAGCCCAAGACCAGCAAUG